AUGAAGAACUUUGACAAAACUGAGCUCUUCGAGCCUCUGAGCAUCGGCGAUGUUCAUCUCGCUCAUCGUAUUGUCCUUGCACCAUUGACUAGAUUUCGUACAGGUCAUGAUCAGAAUAUCUUACCAUUCGUCAAAGACUAUUACGCCCAACGAGCCUCAACUCCAGGUACACUUCUCAUCACGGAAGCUACAGUGCCAUCUCGUCUCGCCGGUUCGAUCACUCACAUGCCCGAGAUGUGGUCCGACGCGCACAUAGCUGCUUGGAAAGGAGUCGUAGAUGCAGUUCACGCGAAAGGCAGCUAUGUUUUUCUCCAGAUAUGCGGCAAUGGGCGCGUAGCUUUUCCCUCGGAAAGGGCGAAGGACGGUUUAGACUUGAUCGGACCGAGCGCUAUUCCCAUCGGCGACGCAGACGGCAGUGGAGUUUUUCCCGCGGACGGAGAGAAUCCCAUACCACGCGCAAUGACUGAAGAAGAAAUCUGGCAGGUUAUUGCCGACUUUGGGCUAGCUGCCAAGAAUGGUAUCGAGAAGUGCGGCUUUGACGGCGUCGAGAUUCAUGCUUGCAACGGAAACUUGCUCGAUCAGUUCAUUCAGGACAAUUCCAACCGCCGCACUGAUGACUGGGGCGGUAGUGUUGAAAAGCGAUCGCGCUUCGUCAUCGAAACUGCCAAAGCUGUCAUUGCAGCAGUGGGAAAAGACAGAGUCGGAAUCCGAUUCAGUCCCUACAGUACCUAUCUCUCCAUGCGCAUGAACAAUCCGAUUCCGCAAUUUACGUACCUCAUCAAGGAGCUUGAUAUGAUCGGCGUAGCUUACAUUCAUCUUAUCGAGCCGCGCAUUGCCGGUGAUAGUGGUGUCGAAACGAAUCAAUCGGACUCUCUGAUCCCCUUCAUGGAUGCAUGGAGUAGUGAGCGUCCCAUCAUUGUGGCUGGUGGGUUUUCGGCAGACAGUGCGUGCCGUGUUUUGGCUACUGGUGGCCUUUAUGAAGGGAGGAAAGUUGCUAUCGCGUUCGGAAGGCACUAUGUGAGCAACCCGGAUCUGGUGUUUCGAGUCAAAAAUGGUGUCCCACUCACGCCAUAUUCUCGGAAAACGUUUUAUGAUGUUGGAAGUGAGGAAGGCUAUACGGAUUUUGAAUUCUCAGAGGAGUAUGCAAAGUUUAGUGUAGUUGUCAAACACGAAGGUGGUGUUGUCUAG